CAUUGGUCUGCGCCUGGUCCGCCCCCGCCCCGCUCGCCCUAUCAGCAGGAGCCGUUCCCGAAGUCAUCCCAGCGCCCUCCUCUCCUGGCCCAAAGGAGAAGCCAAGGAGCUCCUUGGAGGGCUCUGCGGGGCUCGGGGCGCCCGGGGAGCCCCGAGGGCGAAUGCUCCGGGCCGCGCCUCGGGAGCCACGGCCGGCUCCUCCGCAGCCCGGGGAGCCGAGGAGAUGAAGGAGGAAAACCUUUCCCCGGGGUCCCCCGAGGGCAGCGCGGCCACCAGCGAGGACGAGGCCGAGCGGCUGCCCAGGAAGAGCGGCCGCAAGCGCGGGCAGGGCCCCGGCGGAGCCCCCUCGCCCCAGGGCAAGCGCAGCCGGCGCAGCCCGGCCCCGCAGCCCCCCGAGGACGCCCACGCCCAGCGCGUCAUCGCCAACGUGCGGGAGCGCCAGCGCACCCAGUCCCUCAACGACGCCUUCGCCGAGCUGCGCAAGAUCAUCCCCACGCUGCCCUCGGACAAGCUCAGCAAGAUCCAGACGCUCAAGCUGGCCGCUCGCUACAUCGACUUCCUGUGCCAGGUGCUGCAGAGCGACGAGCUGGACCACAAGGUCGCCACCAGCUGCAACUUCCUGGCCCACGAGAGGCUCAGCUACGCCUUCUCCGUGUGGAGGAUGGAGGGCGCCUGGUCCAUGUCGGCGUCCCACUGAGCCGGGGCACGGAUUUGUAGGAUUUUGGGACUCCCAGCCCAGCCUGACCCCACAGGAUGGAUUUGUAGGAUUUUGGGAAGCCCAGCCCAGCCUGACCCCGCUGUCUCCCCCCAGGUCUCCGCCUCGAUGGAAGCAGCUCCAGCACCCAAAACCCCACAGGAGCCUCCCUGGAGAGAGGAGGGAACGACCCCCAAACCCCGACAGCCCCGGGGACCCCAAAAACUUUAGGAAGGAGCCUGAGGGGGCCGCAGCAGGAGCUGCCUGGGGCUGCUUCGGGCGCUGCUGGAGGAACUCGGGGCCGGGAUUCAUUCAGGAAAGGAUUGAUCCCAAUUCCUCCUCCGGGACUGCCGGGAAGCCGAGCCCCUCGAGCAGGAAAAUCCCUCUGGGAUGAGGGGAAGGAAGGGCUGGAGCCCCCCAAGGAGCCCUCCCUGCACCCCGGGGGGCCCCCGCUUUCAUCCCGCUCCGUGGGAUGUUCCAUGGAUUGUGUUCCCAUGGAUGAGGAUCCGGGGGGAUUUGGGGGCUGCUGACCCCCCCAGGGACCCUCGGCCACUCCUGCCCCGCAGAUGGAGCCUCAAGAACUCCUGGGUGGAACCCCAAAAUCCCUUGGGAUUUACUGGAAUCCAGGCUGGAGACGGAGCCAACGGGAAUUUGGGGAUUUUGGGAACUCUGAGGGGGUUUGGGCUCUUUUGGGGGCGGGGAAAGGACGAUGGAGGUGUUGGGGUGACAGAACAACCCCAAUAAAGCCCAGGGGGAAUUUCCCAAGGUUCAGUCCUUGUUUUUCCUAAGGAAAUGGUGCUGCCGGGUCCCCCCUGCACCUCCCUCGGCUGGGUAAUUUUAUUGGAAUCAGGCAAAAAAAAAUCAGGGUUUUUUGCUUGUUAUGGCAGAAAAAAGAGGGGGGAAAUCCCUUCCAGGGAGGCUGCAACAGGCCUGAGCUCCAAAUAUUCCAUGGAGAGGAAUUCCUGUUGGGAUCAGGUUUGGGGCGCACCAGAGAAUCCACGGAGGAGCCACAGGAAGGCCCAGAGUGACUUUUUCUGCCCAAUUCCCAAUUUUUACGUGCAGUGGGAGUGGAUUCUCUGCUCCGGGGACUCGAUUGCAGCCUUCAAAAAGCUCUGGAGGUGCUUAAAAAAGUGAAAAUUCCAUAAAAACAGGGCUGUGGUGGCUUCGUUCGGCGCCUCACGGGAAGGAUUUUACAGCUGAGAAACAAAAUCAGCUUCAGAAGUUAAAACCUUCUUUCAAAAAAUAAUUGUGCUUGAAAAAUAAAGGGCAAAAACUUA